UCGCGAGUCGGGUUCCAGCUGCUACUUAAAGCGCGGCGCGGUGUCGCUCAGUCCGCGGCGGUAAAUGGCGCUGCUCAGGAGAGUGGCUCUGGUGACGGGAGGAGUGCAGGGGAUCGGGAGGGCUGCAGCCGAGAGCCUGCUGGAGAACCAUGCCAAGGUUGCACUGGUAGACCUGAACCAGUCGGUUGGAGAGGAGUGUAAGAAAGCGUUAGAUGAGCUGUAUGGACAAGACAACUGCAUUUUCAUUCAGUGUGACGUGACGGACGGAGGAAAACUACAAGAGGCGUUUAAGAGAACAGUGGAGCACUUCGGAAGACUAGACAUUGUCAUCAACAAUGCAGGAAUCAACAAUGAGAAGAACUGGGAGAAGACCAUCCAGGUGAACCUGACAUCUGUUAUUAAAGGCACGUAUUUAGCUCUGGAGCACAUGAGUAAGGAGUACGGCAAGGAGGGCGGAGUCAUCGUUAACGUCUCCUCCAUGGCAGCAUUCCUUCAUUCCCCGUAUCAGCCGGUGUACACGGCCACCAAACACGGCGUGAUCGGCUUCUCCAGAUCGCUAGCGGACGCAUCAGAGCAUUGCAAUUACGGCGUGAGGAUCAAUGUCCUGUGUCCGGCCUUCGUGGACACGAAGCUCCUCCUCAGCGUCGAUCACGAAGAGACCAUGGGCAAGUUCCACAAGUACAAAGAUGACUUAAAGCAGAAGAUGGACAAGUUCGGAGUUCUCAAGCCGUCUCUGAUCGCAGAGGGAAUGAUGCGCCUUAUAACAGACGAGAGCCUGAACGGAGCCGUGAUGAAGAUCACCUGCUCUAAAGGGAUUCACUUCCACGUGUACGAGCCUCUGUCAGCCUGAACCAGCGCUAAAUCCUCCGCUGAGCUCCGGGCUCUCACUCAGCAGCCUGUCCAAACCGGUCUCCACAAAUAUCAAGAGAUCAGUCCAGAUGUGCCCGGGAUUCCUGCAGAUGUGAGCUGUUACAUACACAAAGGAUGAUUUACAAUCAGGAAACUCUCUCCUGUUUCACUUCAGCAGGCAGAAUCCUUUAAACCGUCUCCGAAAUCGCAGCUUUCCUGCCAUGUGUUUGUUAACACGAAGGAAAAAGUGAAGCAGGACAGUUUUAUAACUCCAUCAUGGUAGAUUUUUCAUCAGGUAUCAGGUCUGUUUUUCUUCCUCGCUGCUGUUUGAUUGAAGCCAUGUUUAUAAAUCCUGUUGCUUUUAUCAUAUUUAUUAGCUGCUUGCUCUGCCACCAUCACUUCCCACAAUGCAAAUCCUUCUUUAUGGUCAUUUUAUCAAAUCGUGAUGUUGCUAUUUACAAUGUGGAAACAACUGUGUGCUAGUAAUAUGCAUAGUAUUUUGAGUUUUAAAAUAAAAUCGAAAUACAAAUAAAUAAAUAAACCAAAAAAACACUG